AUGACCAUCUUCUGCAGCCACUGCCACCGGCCCCUGCAGGCAGAGAUGAGCUGCCUGCCCACCAGGGCCAAGCAGGCGCCCAGCGCCUCGAGGCCCUUCAGGUCAACCAAGAGUGCUUCCAAGGCUCGCCGAGACCAGAUCAAUGUGGAGCUGCAGGCGCUGCGCUCCCUGCUGCCCAUCUCUGCACAGGAGAAGGAGCGGCUCUCCUACCUGCACACCAUGGCCCUGGUGUGCCUCCGGCUGCGGGGGGCUCAGCUGUUCCCUCCAGGCUUGCCUCCUCCUGCAGGACCAGCCCUUGGCACAGAACUGCUCUCCCUGCUCCCGGGGUUUCUGCUUGUGCUCUCAGCAGAGAGCAAGCUGGUCUACAUCUCAGACAACGUGGCUCAGGUGCUGGGCCUCUCCGUGGUGGAGCUGCUCGCCCAGGGGGACACGGUCUUUGACAUCCUGGAUGGGCAAGUGGGAGAGGAUGUGCACAAGAAACUCCUCCUUGCCCGGGAGGAGCCUGGCAGGGAAGUCACCUUUGUCAGCGAGAUGCGCACGUCCAAGGCCUUCCGGCUGCAGCACGGGGGGAAUCGGGUUGUGGCAGUGUGCGGGCGCUUUGUGGCCCUGCGCUGGCCACCCUCCCCGUCCACCACAGCCUUCCUGGCCCUCUGCACACCCCUUGUGCAGUCACCCACAGAUGGUGAAGCUGCUUCCCAGGACGACGUAUUCCAGAGCAUGCAUCUCCUGGACAUGACUUUUAUUGAUGUCACGGAGAGUGUCACCUACCACCUAGGCUACCACAGGGAGGAGCUGGUCGGUCAGUCGUGGUACAGCCUCCUGCACCCUGAGGAUGCUGACCUGGCAGCUGCCCAGCACAGGGCCGUGGCGCUGGAGGCCGGGGAUGGGCCCGCAGCGGGGUCCGCCGUGCUGCGAGUGCUGCACAAGGACCGCGCCUGGACCUGGCUGCGCGUGUGGGCGCGGCGGGACGGCGGCUGCAUCACCUGCACCUGCCGCUGCCUCAGGUGA